CGACGGUGGCGACCUCCUUUUCACUUCCGCCACCGACGGACACGUACUUGUGAACACGCGAAUUAACUGAAAAUUGUUUAAAGCGUGUACAUUUUGUCGGAUUCUUCGGAAAACAACAUCAAAAUGGCCGGUACUCUGUAUACAUACCCAGAGAAUUUUCGUGCUUUCAAAGUACUGAUUGCGGCUCAAUAUUCUGGUGUUGCGGCGAAAGUUGCUGGGGACUUCGUUUUUGGCGAAACUAACUGCAGUGAAUCAUUCCUGCAGAAGUUCCCCAGCGGAAAGGUGCCGGCAUACGAAACGAAGGACGGCAAAUACUUAACGGAAAGCAACGCGAUUGCCUACUAUGUUGCCAACGAACAGCUGAGAGGAACGAAUGAUUUCCAUCGCGCAGAGGUACAAUCUUUCUUAAGUUUCGCCGAUAACGAACUACUUCCUGCGGUGCAAGGAUGGACGUUCCCGAUUAUUGGCAUUGUGCCGUACAAUAAGAACAACGUUGAGCGAGCCAAGGAAGAGCUACGACGCGGAUUAACCGUCCUUAAUAAUCGAUUGCUGAAGCAAACGUUUUUAGUUGGAGAGCGCGUUACACUUGCUGACGUUGUGGUAUUUGCCACGCUGUUACAUGCGUACGAGUAUGUGCUAGAUCCUUCCUUCCGUACACCAUUUGGAGCUGUGACUAGGUGGUUCACAACUAUCAUGAAUCAACCGCAGGUGCAAGCCGUUGUCAAAACGCCAACGCUUUGUGCCAAAGUUGCGCAAGCAGAUCCAAAGAAGUUUGCCGAGUUUCAAGCGAAAGUAAGCGGCAGUGCCGCAGUGGAAAAGAAAAAGGAUAAGAAAGAGAAGAAACCGGCGCCAGAAAAGGCGGAACCAGCUGCCGUCGAACAACCGGAUGCGGCCGAUGAAUUGCUUGCGGCGGAACCGAAACAAAACGAUCCGUUCGAAACGUUGCCGAAAGGUACAUUUAAUUUCGAUGAUUUUAAACGGUUCUACUCGAACGAAGAGGAGGCAAAAUCAAUUCCUUACUUCUGGACCAAGUUUGACCCAGCGCAUUAUUCGAUUUGGUACGGCGAAUACAAAUAUCCAGAAGAGUUAACGAAGGUCUUCAUGAGCUGCAAUCUGAUUACGGGCAUGUUUCAACGUUUAGAUAAAAUGCGCAAGCAAAGCUUUGCGUCCGUCUGUCUGUUUGGCGAAGACAACAACAGUACAAUUUCCGGCGUGUGGGUUUGGCGUGGCCAAGACUUGGCUUUCAAAUUGUCACCGGAUUGGCAGGUGGACUAUGAAGUUUAUGACUGGAAAAAGCUGGACGCAUCCUCGGAAGAAACAAAGAAACUGGUUGCACAAUACUUCUCCUGGACCGGUGCCGAUAAGAAUGGUCGCAAAUUCAACCAGGGAAAAAUAUUCAAGUAAUUCAUCUUCCUAAAUCCGUCAUUUUGCAGACUUUUGUUCUGUUUCAGCCGUCGGUUUUGGACAUGUAACUGCAAUCAAUGUAAAGCAAAAGGAUAAUACAGCAACUAUCAAUCCUGUUAAGUUCUGUAGGAAGAAUAUGAGUGUCGUGAUUUAUUUUGGUUACUCGUCCGGGUUUCGUCACUUUUAAGAAUUCUCUCCUAUUAGCUUUCAGUAGUUCUGCUGCCAUCAAUCAAUUAUGCAUUCAAACAGGUUUUUUUUGUUUUCCCACUUCGAACUGAAAGCAAAUCAGGCCUUUAUUUGUAACCGUGAAUUAAAAUUGUACCUUUGUUUAUUUAAAUACAUGUUCCAUGUCUAACGAA